AUGUCUUCGGGUAUUCUCAAAGUGAAGGGCGAGAAAGUAGUCGACCAGAAUGGAGAUUCGGUGAUCCUUCGAGGUGUGGGAGUCGGUGGUUGGCUAAACAUGGAAAACUUCAUCACGGGCUAUCCUGGACAUGAGACACCUCUUAGAUCAGCAUUGCUCAAGGUGUUGGGACAAGAAAAGUAUGACUUCUUCUUUGACCGCUGGCUCUAUUGGUUUUUCAACGAGGAUGAUGCUCGAUUCCUCAAGAGCCUAGGACUAAACUGCGUGCGACUUCCGUUCAAUUACCGUCAUUUUGAGGACGAUAUGAACCCUCGGGUGCUGAAAGAAAGCGGCUUUAAGCAUCUUGACCGAGUCAUCGAGGCCUGCGCCAAGGAGGGAAUCUACUCCAUCUUGGACAUGCACGUUCUUCCCGGAGGCCAAAGUGGCGGUUGGCAUGCUGACAACACGACCACGUACGCCGCCUUCUGGGACCACAAGGACUUCCAGGAUAGAACUGUGUGGCUCUGGGAGGAGCUAGCUAAACACUACAAGGGUAACCCCUGGGUUGCCGGAUACAACCCGAUCAACGAGCCUGCAGACCCCCUCCACUAUCGGCUACCGGCGUUCUACAGUCGACUUGACAAGGCCAUCCGCGCCAUUGAUCCCGACCAUAUUCUCUGGCUUGACGGCAACACCUAUGCUAUGGAGUGGAGAGAGUUUGUUGAGAUUCCAAACGCGGCCUACUCUAUCCACGAUUACUCUCUCAUGGGCUUCCCGACUGGCCAGCGGUACGAGGGAACGCCGGAGCAGAAUGCGGCACUUGAGGGGCAGUUUCUCCGCAAGUCUGAGUUCCAACGUGAGAAGGGCCUGCCUAUCUGGAAUGGAGAGUUUGGCCCUGUUUAUGCGGACCCGAGGAAAGAUCCGGACGCGGAGAACAUCAACCAGUCGCGGUACAACCUUCUUGGUCAACAACUUCGCAUCUAUGACCAAUAUGCUAUCCCAUGGCACAUCUGGCUCUACAAGGACAUCGGUCUUCAAGGAAUGGUAACUACCUCUCCUGACUCGGCGUACAACAGACUCAUCGACCUGAUCCUCAAGAUCAAGAAGAAGCUGCAGCUUGACCAGUGGGGCAAGGAUCCAUCGCCAGACGUUGCAGCCGUUAUCGAUCCCCUUCUCGCAUGGAUCGACAAGGUGGCUCCCGACGCUAAGAAGACCUAUCCUCCCAUCUGGGGAACCCGGCGUCAUAUCGAGGCGCAUGUGCUGCAGAGCUUCCUGGCUAAUUCAUUUAACGACCAAUUUGCAGAGCUUUUCAAGGACAAGACGAAAGAUGAGCUGGAGGAGCUGGCAAAGAGCUUUAGUUUAGAUCAAUGUGUGAGGCGGGAAGAGCUGAACAAGAUUCUAUCAGACCAUGCUGAGGCGGUGGCAAAAGCCAUAUAA